AUGGCGCAGGACUUGGAAGAGAAAUUCCUCAAAUUUGGGCUUUCAGAAAAAGAAGAGGAAGGUCUGGAGAUAGCUGAUGCAGAUGUGGCGCCGACGGUUAGCGAAUGUAAGCUUAGCCUGUUGGGAAAGGUGUAUGGGGAUAAGAAGGCAAACUUUUAUGGCCUCAAAACCACGCUAGGGUCAAUCUGGACGACGAAACAUCCUUUUACUAUUAAGAGUCUGGGAGAUAAUAUCUUCCAAUUUCUUUUUCAAAUUGAGGAAGACAGAGACAAAAUUCUCACCAGCAAAACCUGGAGUUUCGAUGGACAGUACAUUCUGCUCAAACAAUGGGUGCCUGGUGAUACUGUAUUUAAGGAAGCGGAUGAGUACAUCAAAAUAUGGGUGCAAAUCCACAAUAUGCCCUUGCAUUGGAUUAGUGCUAGCACCGGGCUCAAAAUUGGGAGGCUCAUUGGGCUGCCUUUGGAUGUUCAACUACCAGGACCUUUCAGUCAUCAAGGCAAUCUCCUCAAAGUGCUGGUGAAAAUUCCAUUGAAAGGACCAAUUCUCGGAGGUAGUAAAAUCAAGCUGGGCAAUGAAAACAAAUGGGCGGAUUUUAGGUAUGAGAGUCUCCAAAGUUUUUAUUUUUAUUGUGGUCAUCUGGGUCACAGUGAUAAAAACUGUAUGACCAAAAAAGAGGAUGUCUUGAAAUAUUCUCUUAACUUAGGUCAGUAUGGUGAGUGGCUGAGGGUUAGCCCUCUUAAUAUCAGUGGUUUCUGGUCUAGUAGUGGUCCUCAGACUGAGAGUAAAUCUUCUGAUAGAAGAUCUGAUAGAGAGGAAGUGAAUGAUCAGGAGGGUAAUGGUGUAGGUGGUAGGAGUCAAGGGAGCCCAUUGGCUCUUGUUAAUUUUGUAAAACCAACUGGGGUUGGUUUGGAUAAAGUGGGGAGUUCUAUAGAUGAGAGCAGUUUAAGAUCUCCUGGGGGGAAACACUCAAAUAGUCUCCAAUCUCUGGAAACUAUACCUGAAGAGUCUAAACUCGUUCCUUCUAAGUUGGUGGAGGUUGAUAUCCAGCAUGGGUCUAUAGGAGCUAGAGUCAGUCAGAGAAAACAAAAAAAACUUUUAAAAGAAAAACAAGGCUGGGGAAAGAACCUGUGA